GUCCUUCUCUCCAGCGGCACCCACUGGUUAUAUCUAGACUCCCGGAUUCCACGGCGGGUCUCCCUCCCUCACCGCCAUGCGGGCCCGCUGACUCCUUCUCCCUCGUCUCCCCCAAUCCCCCCACCCCCACGCAAUCCCUUCUCUUCUAUUCCCCUCUCUCGGUCUCUUUUCCUCACCUUUCCCUGCUCUCCUCCUCUUCUUCGUCUUUAUCUGAACCCUAGGUUACGGAUUCUGCUCGUCAAUGUCGUGGCUGAGAUCGGCUGUCAACAAAGCCGUCGAGGUCGGCGGAAAGAACAACCUCACCCGCACCGUCAAGAACUAUGCCGACACCGUCGUCCACCACGCCGGCCAGGCUGUCGUCGGCGGCGCCAAGAUUAUCCAAGACCGCAUGGGAAUGCGGAAUUACAAAAGCUUCAAGCAUACUGUGAAAAGAUUGGAAGAAGUUGCGGUAACUUGCAGAGGAGAAGAGAGAGUCCAGCUAUUAAGGAGAUGGUUGGUCGCACUCAAAGAAAUUGAGAGAUUAUCUGGAGGUUCAGUGGAUGAUAAGACUCCUGAGCAGCCUACAUCAUCCGACGAGCCCAAUUUGUCUCCUAGAAAUGCUUCUUCGAUUUUGUUUUUUGAUUCUGAUAUGUGGGGCGAGCCCAUGAAUUUCCGUGACGUGUUUCUUCAUAGUCAAGCUCUUGAAGGCAUCACAUUGUCCAUGAUUCUGGAAGCUCCGAAUGAGGAAGAAGUUUCUUUGCUCUUGGAAAUUUUUGGACUCUGUUUUACAGGAGGGAAGGAAGUCCAUAAUGCAAUUAUGAGUAGUAUACAGGAUCUAGCAAAAGCAUUCUCAAGUUACCAAGAUGAAGUAUUGGUAAAACGAGAAGAGUUGCUUCAGUUUGCUCAAGGUGCUAUUUCAGGACUUAAAGUAAAUGCUGAGCAAUCAAGACUAGAUGCUGAAGUCUCAAUUCUACGGAAAAGGAUAGACAAAGCGGAAGCAUUGCAAGCCCUGUCAGUUGAGGAUCAUGAUAGCGCAUCAUCUGAAAAGACUCCUCUUCCUACUGUGGAGGCUCUAAAAGCAGCACUGGCAGAAGUUCGCCUAUGCUUUAGACUGGAAGCGCUCUUACUAAAGAAGAAAUCCAUAAACAAUGGGGACUCACUAGAAAUUCAUUCUCAAAAGGUUGAUAAGUUGAAGGUUCUAGAAGAAUCACUUGCCAACUCUUGCUCCAAGGCAGAAAAACGAAUACUAGAUCAAAGGCAUCAGAAAGAGGAGGCUCUCAACUUUCGUGUGGCCAAAGCCAAUGAAGUUAGUGAGAUGGAGAAGGAAUUGGUCACUGAGAUUGCUGGUCUGGAGAAGCAAAGAGAUGAGCUAGAGGCUGCAUUGAAGAAAGUUAAUAUUUCUUUGUCGGCUGCUGUUGCACGCCUUAACAAGACCAGGGAGGAGAGAGACCAGUUUGAUGAAGCAAGCAAUCAGAUUGUUGUACAUUUGAAAGCCAAGGAGGAUGAGCUUUCAAGAUCUGUUGCUUCGUGCAAAGUGGAAUCUGAUAUUGUCCAUACAUGGAUCAAUUUCUUGGAGGAUACCUGGCGGCUCCAGUCCUUUUAUGCUGAACUGAAGGAGAAGCAGACCAAUGAUGAGUUGGAGAAAUAUGGAAACUGUUUUUUGAAGUUGAUCAAGUAUCACCUUUCUGCAUGCAAGGAAGAACUGAGGCCUUCUAUAAAUCGUAUUAGGACAUUUGUGGAUAACCUGAAAAGAUUCAACGAAAGUCCGGAGAUGACUGAGAGCAUAGAUAGCGACAUAUCUAAAGAAUCUAACCCACGGAAAUUUCUGGAAGAGGAAUAUUUGGAAGUUGAGACAAAGAUUAUAGCGGCCUUCAGUGUGGUUGAUCACAUGAAGGAGCUGCUUUAUGCUGAACAAGGGAACACAUCGAGGAAAGAUGAUCCUGAGGCCAAAGAAUUAUUUGAUUUUGUUGAGAAAAUGAGAGCAGAAUUUGAAUCCAUUGAGAGGCCAAUACUAGAGAUUGAGACUCCUAAAGAAACGUUGACACCAUCUGAAGAGAGAUCACAAAAAGGUCCAUCUGAUGAUACUACACAAUCUAAUUCAUCUAAAUCCAAAGGGGUUGAGUCUCCCAAAUCAACCUCUAAUUCUAAAUCCAAAGGGGUUGAAUCUCCCAAGUCACCGCAAGCGGCAGCUGAACGCAUGGAUCCAGAAUCAGAACUGGCAAAACUGGAGCUAGAAUUUGGAAAAGUCAGCAAAGACUAUUCAACUGAUGAGAUUGGUGGCUGGGAGUUUGAUGAGCUUGAACAGGAACUCAGGUCAGGUAUUUCAGAAUCCAAAAAAUAGACUUGAAUUUGUAUUCUCUGAAAUAACAGCCAUGGAGGAGCCACUCUAUAUACGACAGUGAAUUGUUAUGUAGUAUGCUCUGUGAAACAUGAAUUGUAAAUUUACCUUUUGGGUAUAUAUUCUUUUUUCAACACAAUCUGUAUCUAUCUGGAUAAUCUAGAUACUGCAACUGUGUUUUUUCACCAUUCGCAGUUGCACUCUAUACUCGCA